AUGUCUACUCCAACCAGUCCCGUGGAGCAGAAGCUCCCUCAUCGGUCGUCAACCCUCACGAGUUCCAUUGCUCCGGACCGCCGAGCCUCCAUGAGCGAUGAUGAGGCCAUUCCGGAUUCUGAUAGCAGCGAGACUACAAACCUACUUAACGAGCGUUUGCGCGCUUUGAAGCAUAUGUGUGGUUACCUGGAGGACUAUGUUACUGUGACUUCGAAGGUACAGAAGUCGCAAUCGAAGGACUAUGAGAAAGUCCUCAAGACUGUCAGUGAACCCCUAAAGGAAGGCCACCACUUUUCCCAAAACACCGGCGGAGUGGCUUCUAUGUUUGAGAACAUCCGCGCUAAUACUCAGGGAAUGGUGAAUAUGUACCUCGAGACGGAGAAGAAUCUGAAGGGAACUGUGUCUCCAACCUUGGAGCGUCUUCAUAAAGAGAUCAAGGCCAAGUCGAAGGAGCUUGCCAGUGGUGCUUCCAAGAGCGCAAAGGCUGUGGACAAGGCCCGAGCUGUCACCCAGAAGCAUAUUGACCUCCUUGCCCAUCAAGCCGCAUCUAUGGAUGCUGCCGCAGGAAACAAGCUUGAACAGCAUCAUGACCCUUACAUCUUGCGCCGGGGUAUCAACCAUCGUCUCAACAAGCAAAUCAUCGAGGAGAACAACAACCGCAAGGAUAUCAUUGCUGUACAGAAUAACUUCCAGCAGUUCGAGGCGCAUGUUCUGCAGACCGUUCAGGGGGCUAUGGAACAAUUCAUCCAGAUCAUGUCUGGCCAGCUCGAGAAUCAGGGUACUAUGUAUCAGGAUAUGCUGGGUUCCGCUCAGAAAAUCCCUCCUGAUUUCGAGUGGGUCAACUUCAUCACGAAGAAUGACGAUGUCCUUAUCAACCCGGAUGCGCCCCCGAGGACCCUCUCCAACAUCACCUUUCCCAACAUGGAUCACCGUGCAACCAAGGCAUUGAUCGAAGGGUCUCUGGAACGCAAGUCCCGUGCCAUGCUUAAGGGCUAUAGCUCUGGCUACUACGUUGUAACUCCCGCGCGGUACCUCCAUGAGUUCAAGGAUGACGACGACUUCCGCCGCGAUCCGGCUCCAGAGCUGUCCCUAUACCUUCCCGACUGUGUCAUUGGCGCGAUCGACGGCGUCAAGUUUAGCGUGAAAGGCAAGGAUGUCUCGGGCAGCAAGGUCGGCAACGCCUUCCACACCACCACUGAAUUGAGCUUCAAAGCGCACACCGCCAACGACGCCGAGAAAUGGUGGACCGUCAUCAAGGAUUGCACCCGUGGCCCGAUGCAUACCGCCGCCGCUGCCGCCACAUCCUCCCAGCCGGCAAGCCCUGCCGUCGCCCACCCCCCAGCUUACAGUGAGAAGGCAAAUGAGGCAACGAGCCCCGCCGAGGCUACAGCCCCCCAAAGCGCAGCCCAGGCCGCACAACCUGCGCAGCCUGCUACGAGCGAGGCAACGGCUCAAUCCCCAAUCUCUCCCCCCGCAGUGUCUCGGACCGCUAGCACGGCCAGUGGACACUUCUAUACUGCACCAGGCGGAACCGCCACUACCGGCGACAAAGCCUAA